CGCCAGUGCACGGCGCCGGCGCUUUCCGUUUCUGCGUCGAAAGCUCAGCUGACGUCGCCCAAACCCAAGGCUGUCCGGUCGUUGUACCACUACUACAUCGUUUAUUUACAACACAGUGGCGAAGUGACAAACUCAGACAAUCGAUCUGAGCUUGUCAACGCGGUCUCCGUUUCAAGUGGGGAAAAAGAAACGAGCUCGUUGAAGAACCGUGACGAGCUGCGAGAGUGUUUCAGCGGCGAAGGAGUUUGUAAACAACAUCACCGUUUGCACCUCCCCGUCGUGGGCUUCGGCAGCGCCCACCCGACGUAUUGGCGAAGGUGCCAACAGUGACCGUGCUUUCCUACUUCGCGCUGAUUGGGCCAGCGACUACGUUUGAUCAUCGCUGCGAGGACCACUGUCAGGCACUUCAAGCAUGGCCGUCAACAAACUUGGAGACUCUGUCCUCAAUUUCGCCGUGGACUUGUACAACCAGUUGUCGUCAAAGGGGAGCCAUAAAGGGAACAUCUUUUUUUCGCCCUUCAGCAUCUCGGCUGCUCUUUCAAUGGCUCUUGGAGGUGCACGGAACAAAACAGCCAAGGAAAUGUCGGCUGUGCUUCGAGUCGACGGCGAACAAAUACAUAAUCAUUUUUCUGACUUUCUCUCAAAACUGCCAACCUACGCUGCUGACGUGAAGCUCCAUAUCGCCAACCGAAUGUACUGCGAACAGACGUUCCCAGUCCUGGACAGCUACCUGGCGCUUUUACGCGACAGCUAUGGCGCUACUAUCGAGUCCGUCGACUUCAGGAACGACCACGAGAACAUUCGACAGCAAGUCAACGCCUGGGUCGAACGAGCCACAGAAUCCAAGAUAAGAGAUCUCCUUCCCGGAGGCAGCGUGAAUGAUUUGACCACUCUGAUCCUGGUGAAUGCCAUCUACUUUAAGGGCCUAUGGGAUUCACAGUUCAACCCUGAUUCUACUCGUCGUUCCGAUUUCCACCUGAACUCCCAAAGCAAGAAGCAGGUUGACAUGAUGUACCAAAAGGACCGUUAUAGCAUGGCCAGCAGCGAGGAACUCGGUGUCACGGCCCUAGAGAUACCAUACCGAGGCGGCAAGACUUCCAUGGUCGUGCUUCUGCCCAACGACGUCGAAGGACUAUCCAAACUUGAGGACCUGUUGACGGCUUCGAUGCUCGCGAAGCUGCUGAAAAACAUUGGUGGCUUUUUCGAUGUUGAGCUCUAUCUGCCUAAGUUCAAAUUGGAACAGGCAAUCAGUCUAAAGGGAAUGUUGCAAGAAAUGGGAAUCAAUGAUUUCUUCUCGUCGGAAGCCGACUUGUCCGCCAUUAGCGAGAAGGAAACUCUCUCAGCUUCCGACGUGGUUCACAAGGCGUUCGUGGAAGUAAAUGAAGAGGGCACCGAAGCCGCGGCUGCUACAGCAGUAACGAUGGUGGCCUGCUGCAUGUCCUCCAUCCUGCCAAAAACCUACAAGUUUGUUGUAGAUCGGCCAUUUAUGUUCCUCAUUCGUAGCUGCGACCCAGAUGUCGUGCUCUUCAUCGGCUCCGUUCGCGACUUGUAAGUUAAAUGCAUAAAGUCCGUUGCUCCGUUGCUGAUCAUUUUUAUGGAUGUUGCAAAAGGCUUGCUGAUCUAAUAUUCUAGGUCAUUCGAAAUAUUGCAAAAGAAGAAAUUGGAAUAAAACGUGUUACGGGGUUAUUGAAACGCGUCUGCGGCUCUCAUUUGACAGGCGGGACACACCACGUGUCCCUUCGUGAUCCUACGUUUGUGUUGAUGCCCCAUUGUUGCCAACAAUCACAUAACUCCUUUAUCCAGUAAAAAUGUAUGCGGUCAAAUCCCUUAGACCAUUCUUCCUAUUACAAAGGAUAAGUUUUAAGUAUGUAACAAGCCCGCACAUAAUAAACAGACAGAGUACUCUUCACGUCGCCAUUACUAACUUCUUUAUUCUCCCCUGCCACCUGGCCCCUUUACUACAAAUUCUUUCUUACUUCUUCAACUGCUUGAGCACGCUUCACUCCCCCCGCCAUUGUUUUCAUCCCUCCUGGGAUGGUAUUUAAACACGUUUGCUAUAGAGGCUGAUUCAA